GCCAGCACUUGCAGCCCUGGUGUUCUCACCAAGUCUGCAUCUACAUGCAGCCAGUGCUUCUGCGAGGCCGCCAGCCUCUUCCUGGAUCCAAGCGAUCUCAACCGGUACUGCGAGAGCUGCUGGAUUGAGUAUUACGGGCACCCACCUUCUCGCUCGGAGCUGGCGCUGGUUCCGGUAGAGGUGUCAGAGCCUUUGGCAGAGGAAGUCCUUGCAGAGGCCUGGUCGGAGCAAAUUCUGCCAGGUUGGCCUCCACCCUUUGUGUCAGGCAGAGUACUUCCGGACGACGGACCAGAAACGUGGACCUUCGUGCGGAUGCGCUUGCGCCGUGACAUCUGCGGUGGCCAUGCGCGGGAACAGCUCAGCAGCUUCGGCCUGGCAACGGGAGAAGUCCUCGCCCAAAGGUAUCAGGUGGAACAUCCUGUUGGCGAAGGACAUUUCACAAAGGCUUUUCAGGCCCGUGAUCUCAAAGAAGGUCGGCAGGUGUGUGUGAAACGCCACAGGAAUCUUCCCAUUGAGGCCUUGAGCGAUUUGUAUGUCAUUGGACAACGGCUGCAGGAAGUGGACCCAGGUGGGAGCUUUUUUCCAAUGCUUGUUGAUGCCUUCUACGACUCGGUAGGCUACACAGUCGAGAGCAUGUUAGAGGGCCGCAAUUGUUUGGCACUGUCUACCGAGCCGAGUUUCUUCCAAGACUUGGGGAAGCUACGGCUCGUGGCUUUUGGAGCUCUUUCAGGUUUAGUGAUGUUGGACAAGGCGGGCGUCGUUCACAACGACAUCAAGCCGGACAAUCUUAUCUGGACCGAGGUCCAUGGCUCUGGUCCUCGUGUAAAGAUUGUGGACUUCGGAUGCGCCCGUCUUGACCAUCGUCAUGAAAGCGGCCGCAAUUGGGCUCUUGCCGAAGGUGGCGCUGGUCAUUUGGGCAAGUGGGCUCCUGAGAUGACCCUCCGCCUCGCUAUUGGGCAUCGCGCAGAUGUUUGGGGUACUGCCGUAUCUUUGUGUGAACUGCUUUGUGGGCGCACGGUCUGGCGAUCGGAGAUGGACACAGCGGAGGUUGUGAUGACACAAGCGCUUGGUUUAUGUAAUCUACGUGACGGCGUGCCGCCGUCUCUUCUCCGACGAAGUCCACUGGACGUUCGCCAGCUCUACACCCCGGCACCGCGGCACUGGCCACUACGGCGAAAUGCCUCUGGCCAGAUGGAGACGCUUAGGUCUGCGGUCUCAUACACGGCUGGUAAGAGAGUAAUUGGUACAGUGAAAUCCCUGUAUAAGAUCCCAAUUCCGCGAGAGUAG